CGCCGUCCGCCAUUUGAUGUUCAAAACCUUCAAUAGGAGGUUGAAAUCGCAAGAGGUUAUUGUGUUUCUUAACGAGUAAAUUAAUUGCAAUAUUGAAGACACGCCAGAAUGGAAUACCACAGUCCAAGCUUAAGCCACUCCAUGUCCCAAAGCUACGGCCACGCCAGCAGCCUGGAACCCAUGACCCUUGGGUCACCGACCUCUAUGGGAUCAAGUCAUCAAGUACCUGGUUCCCAUAGCAACCUGUUCCUGCCAGGAUACCUGAUGGGCGAAAUGGGUCCGUCUGUGUCGCCUUCCAGCAGCAGGUUAUGGUCGUCAUCUAGGAGCAGUCCCCCGAGGGGUGUAACCCCAUCCACCCUCGGUCCUAGAGAUGGUGGAUCAGGUCUUGGAAGAAGCGAUAGUAGGAUGUCACAGAGCAGGCCGGCAGUCACUAGGACACCGAAAGACAAAACUGGUGCCCCGCCAGUAGCCGGUCUCUUUGAUAAUGUGGACGCUCUGAAAGGAAGUCCGGCUGUUGGAGGAGUGUACGGGGAAACACCGGAGAAGAGACAGCUGGAUUUGUCGAUGUCUAAAACUCCAUUACCAACCUCUUCAUAUGCUGCAGGCACCCCCGCCAAUAGUCGAAUGUUCUCACCUGCCCAGACCCCUCAGUCACAAUUUGGUGCGAGGCAGACACCGUCAUCACCUGCUCAGAUCGAUCCAUUCUACACUCAGGGAGAAGCAAUAACUCCCGAUGUCCAGUUGGAUGAAACGUGGAUCACCAUCUUCGGAUUCCCACCAGCUGCAACAUCUUAUGUUCUCCAGCAAUUUUCUCAGUACGGCAGCAUCGUUAGGCAUGUGGCCGCAAGCAGCGGCAACUGGCUUCACAUGCAGUACAGCUCCAAGCUGCAAGCGAAGAAAGCACUCAGUAAAAACGGCAAAGUGUUCGGGGGGAACAUCAUGGUAGGCGUCAUGCCGUGCAUUGACAAGAGUGUAAUGGAAGGUGGGGAUCAGUGCAACGCCAGCACGCUACAAUCCAACACGCCCUCCCGGUAUCCCAUGACCCCUCAGGCUGAAGAGGUCGAGGCGUCACAACGACCGACGUCGUCAAUCAGGCCACUAACGGCCGCUUACAAAGCGGCGAGCAGUAAUCAUGAGGUUAUCCAGGGCGGCUCAACUCCUAAAAAGUCUUCCAACGUCGUCAGCAAAACAUUAGAAUACAUGUUUGGCUGGUAACACAUCCA